AUGAGAAGACGUUUCACAAGUCAAAAGAACACAAACGCAAAAGCAGAGAUUACGGUUGGUUAUAACGUAAAUGAUGAUAAAUCACGAAUUAUUCAAAAUGUUAAAGUUAAUGUUAGUCCUGAAUUAACAAGGUCAGCAACUCAACCAAAUUUAUUAACUCGUGACUUACCAAAGAAUGAGGAGGAGCAAAAUAAAGAAGAUGGAGACCCAAUCAUUUUAUCUGAACCCGGUAAAGAACCUGUUGAAAUUCCCACUUAUCCAACAUACCCCCCGCCUCUUUCAUCAAACAUCGAGAACCCAGGAAUCUACGAUCCCAGUCGCAAUGCGCCAUAUAAAAUAGACAUUAAUUCUGAAUUAAUGAAAAUUUACCGUGAUAUAAUAACUGAUAAUUAUGAUUCAAUAAUAAAUUUAAUUGAUCAAUCUGGUUUAAUUAUUUUACCUUAUGAAUCAUUAAUUCACAUUAUCGCCAUUCUUUGUGAUGUUCAAGAUUCAGACGUUAAGAUUCAAUUUUUCAUAGAUGAUGAGGUUUCAUGCUGCGGAACA